AUGUUUAUUGCCCCCGUUGAUGAUUUGCUUGAGGAGCCUGAAGUCAUAAUCGUCCCUGACCGCUGUUUGUACCAAGUUCCGUUUGCUGCUCUCCGUGAAAAGGAGGGGACCGAAUACCUGUCGGAGACUCAUAGGAUCCGUGUCAUUCCUUCUUUGACAACACUCAAGAUCAUUCAAGAUAGUCCAGAGGAUUAUCACAGCAACACUGGUGCCUUGGUAAUAGGCAAUCCCAAGGUUGAUCGGCUGCUGCCAUUGCCAGGUGCAAGAAAGGAAGCGGAGAUGGUCGGACGAUUGGUGGGUGUUCCGCCUCUGGUAGACGAGAAAGCAACUAAGCAGGCGGUGCUUGAGCUGAUAAGUUCAGUGAGCCUGAUACAUUUUGCUGCCCAUUGUAACGCCGAGAGGGGAGAAAUUGCCCUCUCUCCCAUUCCUGCUCCUAACGGUCGAAACGUUAUCCUACCACAGGAAGCUUACGUGUUGACGAUGGCUGAUGUCUCACGAGUAAAAAUCAGAGCUAAACUGGUGGUACUUAGCUGCUGUCACAGUGGAAGUGGAGAGAUAAGAGCCGAGGGAGUUAUAGGAAUUGCCCGUGCGUUCUUAGGAUCAGGUGCUCGCUCUGUGUUGGUUACGCUGUGGACCAUUUCAGACUCAGCAACAGAGCAGCUGAUGAGUCGGUUCUACAAACACCUUGUUGAAGGAGAAAGUGCCGGUGAAUCCCUUCAUCAGGCCAUGAAGUGGAUGAGGAAAAACGGCUUUACCAAAGUGUCUGAGUGGGCUUCGUUAACGCUGAUUGGAGAUGAUGUGAGGCUCGAGUUUGGCAAGCAGAGGUAAGACUCGGUGAGGACAGGUAUUUCAUAAAUUAAAGUUAAAAUUAGACGCGAAGGUGGCUUUGACUUACUGGUCGCUGACUGUCGGCGGUGAUCCUUUGUCACCUUGAAUAUCAAAUUGGUUUUAUACCCUUUUUUUGUUUCUUUCAAAGAGUAACAAUUUAUUCUUCCAGUUGGAUGUAAAAUAUAGAAUCUCGAAAGGGCCUCUCUGCCAAUCAGAUGCAAGUGUAUAUUUGCCUACGUAUUGCGCCUGGUAUAACUGUAUUUGUUUUAUUUAAGAAAUGUUGAUUAAGUUAUUUAUAAUUGGUUUUUUUUUUACGUUUGUUACAGGAAAGAAGAUGAGAAUAGCUCGAAGGAAACAGACCUUAGAGACUUUUAGACGGAUAACCAAAUAGAAUAAGUAGAGAAAAUACUCUAUCCGUUAUUUCAUUGUGUAAUUAAGGAAAGGGCAACCUCAAAUUAAGGAUAUUAAUUUCAAUUUUUUACAUUCUCUUUUCCGAUCUUCUCAGAAGGAGGUAUUGUUUACGUAUCCGAGAAUAUUUUUUCGGCACAAAAAUUAUCUUAUCUGGCCGAUAUAAUUAGCAUGAAACAUUAUUGACUUAGGGCUCUUAAGUGAAGUGAAGUCAGGAAAGUUAAAACAAUAGUUUAAGCAUCAAAAACGAGCCAGUUAAGUCUUACAGGGUUUUCUCACAAAGCCUUUUGUUAUAGGUUUCGUUAACAGAAUCCUAAAUUUUUUUAUGUAAAAUCUUUAGGAAAAGCUUUUCUUUUGGUCUGUUCCAGUACUACUUCUGAGUGCUUAAAAAAUUGGACAAAAAUUAAUGGAUUUCCAAAUAGAACCGUGGAAAAAGCUUUCAAGGUCAAGAACUUAAUUAGUAUCAAGUGGAAAAAUGACGGCAGCAAUAUUUUGAAACUGGUUCAACAAGUCACUUAGGCAUUGUAAUGUUUGAGUUAAAGUAUGUUUGCAUAGUGAUUUAAUUGUUUUUAAGUCAGGUUAUCGUCAAAAUGUUGUUUAGGGAAUCAAAAUAUUCUUGUUUUUUAGCACACUUAAUACAAUUUUUGGCAAAGUUUCUUAA